AUGCGUUUCAUUCCCGUUGCCGCAGCCCUCUUUGCCCUGACGGACUUCUCGUCCGCCUGGACCAAGGAUGGGAACGGAGUAUGGACCGCCAACAACGAACAUUAUUGGAUCCGAGGUGAUUAUGUACACGAGGCAUGCACGGUGAUGAACACUGAGAACACCCACGUUGGACCGUGCGCAUACUUCGUCGAUACUAAGAUUAUUUUCCGAGGACGUAAGUUUUGA